CGCGUCAUCGUCGCUAAACUGCAGACUAGCUGUAUGAAUGCCUUGCCUUACGGAUUUAUCAAAAAGUUAGCCUGCAUGCAGAAUUAAAUUAACCAGGCUAACAAAAAAGACUUUGGGAAAGUCUAAUAUAUGUUUAUUGUAAAACAAUAAAUUUACCUUGCUUGGCCACGGAAUAGAAUAAGACCAUUUCUAUUCUGUGUUUUGGCAACCUAACCGGGAAUCCCCCCAUUUCUACCUAUACGGAAAACGGGAAACCCCUAAAAGUUGGUUAUUCCCAGUGAAAUAAGAUAAUAUGCUUCGAGAAAGCAACGUUGGGGUUCAGUUUAUAGAAGAGAAUACACAUCUUUUUCGCAGUUUUUGUUAUGGCAGCAAUGGUGGCAGGGAGUCCUGCUGGCUUAGGCCCACGUUUGCCGAAGAGCCCAAACAUGUCUGGGAAAUUCUUAUGCACGCUAUGCCGUACGGUUAUGUUGCGAGUUUUUCAGUUGGGAUGUGGGCACCUUGUUUGUAAUGGCUGCAAGAACAGCCUUGAGGCAAAGAACUUGGUAUGUUGCCCUGAUGAUUCCAACUGCCAAGCACAAGCAGCAUCACAUCCAGCAAAGAUAUUUGAAGAUAAGUUCCAAACACGUGCAAUACAAAGUUGUUUGAUUCAGUGUGAUUACAAGAAAUUGGGUUGUACUUGGCAAGGAGAACUUAUUAAAUAUUUGGACCAUUACCAAGAAUGCUCUUAUAAUACAGAAAGGUUUAUCAAAGAUGAGGCCUCUUCAUCAAUGCAUCAUAAGAAGCCACAUUCAUUAGAUAAGCUGCCUAAUGACAUGGUGAAAAUUACUGGAAACAGCACAAUUGUCAAUUGUGAUAAUUGCUCCUGGAAAGGACUGACAAAUCAAGAGCUCAAAACUCAUCUCAAGUUUGAAUGCAAAGAAGCACUUGUGAGUUGUCCUUUCAUUGAAGUUGGCUGUCCUCAUAACCAGAAGCAAAACCGAGAAGAGCUUGAAGAUCAUCUAAAAAUUGGCCAAGAGCUUCAUUUAGACUUGCUUUUGAAAGACUAUGUGACACUUAGAGUUAUGGCAAAUGAAUUUGGAAAACUUUUUGAAAUCAAGAAAAGAUGGGUAAGUCUUGAAGAAAAUUAUGACAGGAUAUUAAGUGAAAUCAUUUCAAUGAACAGUAAAACAGAUGCAAGGUUCUAUGACCUUGAAGAAAAAGUUGCCAGAAUUAUAGACAAGGAGGCUAAAGAGAAGCAAUCUAGGUGUUCCAGUAGGAGCCUUGAUCUACUAGAAUCAAGGCUAAAUGAUAUGGAGGCAGUUUUAAGAUGCUUUCAAGAAGACAGGCUUGAAGGGAGUCAACCAGGUAAUUUCAAGGGGCAUUUCGAAAGAAUUGAAUUGAAAUGUAACAGGCAAGAGCAAUUGCAUUUGAAACUAGAAAAGCAGCUUGACUUCUUGAAUGCCAGAAUGGACAGCUUAGAACAUCAAGUUAAUGGUGGUGAUAUAACAUCCUUUGAUGGGGUUUUACUAUGGAAAAUAACAGAUUUUACAAAGAAAAGACAUGAUGCAAUUACAAAGAAAGCAACUUAUAUACUUAGCCCUGUCUUUUACAGUGGUCAAAGAGGAUACAAAAUGUGCAUGCGAGCUUACCUCAAUGGUGAUGGUGUAGGUAAAGGCACCUAUAUGAGUGUCUUUUUUACUAUCAUGAAAGGCCCAUACGAUGCUGUGUUGCCAUGGCCUUUUAAGCAAGCUGUUCGCAUCACAGUUCUUGACCAGAAUGGUGGAAUGAACGUUGAAGAAUCAUUCCGACCAGAUCCUAACAGCGUGUCAUUUCAAAGGCCGACAAGAAACGUAAAUAUUGCCUCUGGAUGCCCAAAAUUUCUUCUUUUAGCAUCUUUAGAGAGCCAAAGAUUCGUUCAGGAUGAUUGUAUGUUCUUGAAAGUGACAGUUGAUGGUUUUUCACUUUGAUAUCGACAUCAAGAGUGUAAAUUGGAGGAGCCCAGGUGGGAUGCCCAGGUGGGACGCCCAGGUGGGAUGACCAGGUGGGACGUCCAGGUAGGACGCCCAGGUGGGAUGACCAGGUGGGAUGACCAGGUGGGACGUCCAGCCCCAGCCCCAGCCCCAGCCCCAGCCCCAUUUAGUUUCUCAAGCUGUACCUGACAAUACUUGAGUAUUUUGUUGAAGGGAUGCGGCAAAAUUAAGAGCAGUAAUUGAACAGGAAGGGAGAAAGUAUAAUUUUCCUUUGGCCAACUCCUUUUGGUAUGGGAUUGUUUUUUAUGUUUGAGUGUAUAAAAGCUAAGAUUGUACAAUUAAAACACUUAUCUAAUAACAUUUAGCAAGUUUGUCUAAAAAGUAUAAUUGAACUAGCGUUUUAUGCUAUAACGUAGCUGUGUAUCCAAGCUUUUUGACUAGGUAGGUCACGAAAUGUUUUGUGUAUUAGUGAAAAAAUUGCCCAAACUAUGCAGAAAUUUUCUUUGAGAAAUGUUUUAAAUGUCUUUACACGAAAUGUAACCAGUGCAUUAUGUCAUCAGUGUGUAUGAAACCCCUCCCCCCUUUUAUGAAUCAAGAUUUGUCUUUUCCUAGAACUGUGUAUGCCAAAAAUUUGUUUGAAAAGUAGGAAAUUUAACCAAAGUCGUUACGUGAAAAGUAGGAAAGUGGUAAGCUUAAAAACAAAUGUACUUAAAAGCAGCUUCAGCAAGCCAGAAUCUGAGAGAUCUUUGCAAAUCCAUUUUCACCAUCCCAAAAAUCAGGUUUUUUCGGGUUAUUUUUCAGCUCUUCAUUUUAUACUGGGUCCUUCAAUUAUACUGUUUUUUUGUUACGUUCAAUCGUUGGUAUUUCCAUUAUUUACCAAUGAAAAGUGCAACUCUACCUAAAACCACCAAGUGUCGUUCCUGUUGAUAAAGCUGCGUUGCAUUUGUUUUACUGAAGCUGCUUUUUGAUUAAAUUUUCAGCUUAUUCAUGCCAAUAAUCUUUUGAAACGCUUUUUUUUAUUAGCACUUUUAAAUGUCAAAUUAACAAAAUAUGGAGUAUAAAUGAAUAAAAUUUCGAUUAAAAGCGUUGAGUAUGGAAAUUUGAUAGGCAGAAUAUUUCGCACAUAGUUACCGUACAGGGUAAACUUGUAACUUGUUUCAAGUUGUUUAAGUUGGACUUUGCAUAAUGUUUUUUCUAUUUUUCUUGGUAUUGUACUUCGUGCAGGGUAGAGCUGUUGAUUAGUUGAUAAUUUUUCACAGCAAAGCAAACAGGAAGGUUGUAA